CCCUGUCCAAGAUGUCCGCGCCCAUGGUAAAUCCCACAUUGCUUCAGCUUUUCAGCAAGGCGGCAUUGUAGCUGGAUUGCAUAGUUGUCUGAUGCGUAUUAUGAACAGUAGUUAAUAAUGCUGCAUCUAUACUUAAGUCCGGAUAUUUAGACUUCAAGGUUUUUCAUCAUGGGAAUUGAGUCUCUGCUUGAAUCGACGGAUGAAGAUAAGCCAAGCCAUGGACUGACCAGGAGGGGAAGUAUCCUGCUUGGAGUAUUCGGGGGAUUGUUUGUUGGGAUCUACACACUGACAGGUCCAUUUCUGGCUCCAGCCCUACGCAAAAUUUGCUUACCGUUCCUACCAGCAUCAUCUACACAGAUGAAAAAUGUGUUUAAAGCACUAGGCAGCCGUAAGGGAAGUUUACUGGACAUUGGGAGUGGAGAUGGACGAAUUGUGAUAGAGGCAGCCAAAAAGGGUUACAAAGCAUCUGGAAUUGAGCUAAAUAUGUGGCUGGUACUGUACUCUCGCUUGGCGGCUAGACGAGCAGGCAUGGUUACUAUGGCUACAUUCAAGCGUCAGGAUCUCUGGAAGACUGAUGUCAGUUCUUUUGACAAUGUAGUGAUAUUUGGUGUUAGACAAAUGAUGGAGCCACUGGAGCUGAAGCUGGAGAAGGAGUUGGGAGAGGACAGCAUGGUUGUAGCCUGUCGUUUCCGCUUCCCAAACUGGGAGCCAGUGAUGACCCUCGGUGAAGGAGUGGACACUGUUUGGCUGUAUAGAAUAAACAAAAUGUCAAUAACUCAACCAAGAUAACAUUAAAAUGUUAGGUAAUCUUAGGAUUAAUUUUUAAAGUGUGUGACAGUCAGGAAAUACUUGAAUUCAAAUCAACAAUCUCUUAUAAUUGACAGGUUGGUGCUGCUAGCUAAAAGUCUUGUUUACACAGGUUUCCUGGUUGUGUAGGGUCUGGAUUAGCUCACUGAUGUCCAGAUCAUGGACGUACAGUACAUCCUCGAUAUACAAGGGUUUCGCUCACUUAUGCUCUCUGCACCACUGGAAUAUGUCAUUGCCUUCAGUGUACACCAACUUGUGGAUGAGAUAAGAAGGCUAGUUCUAUCCUUUGAUGUUCAUCAAAAGAAUCUCGCGGUCACCUAACAGUAAAAAUUGACAGGCUUUGAAGUCGUGUGUCACUCCUUUGUAAUCUUCAAAGGA